AUGCCCGAGGUGGCUGGCGCGUCCGCGUUACUCCGAGCACGGCCCGCAAGCGCUGUUGAAGUCUCUGGCGAAGCGACGGUGGUUCCUCCUGCUGUGGAGAAGGUGCUUUCUAGGGUGGAGGAAGCGGUCGGGCAGGGGGAGAUCGUGUAUUGGAAGGACGCGGCGGAGUGGCUAUCAGCUGAACGCCCGAGGGCUGGCGACAAAGACAUCAGUAUGCCGUACACACGAACGAUCGUGCGUACGGUGUUCACCAGUAUCGCCGACUCUCCCGGCAGUACAUCGCGGGUGGUCGGUCCAGAAAAAGGAAACCAUGGGGGCACACGCGAGAGCCAUCUCUGUCUCUUCCCGUGCAACCUUCGCGACGAGAGCUCGGAGGGGCGAGGCCCGCUUCUUGACCGAGAGCUGGAGCAGGUUAAGGUGGACGUAGCGGCUGGACACGAGAGGAUGGCGGUGGUCAAGGCAGCAGGGGCGAUUGUCUGGACAGACAUCGAACAGCAGUCAAGCCUCAAGAACGUACCCCCCAGUAGAGCGAAACACAACUAUGCCCAGGAGCUGGCAACAACUGUGGAAUCACCUCCCGAGACGCUAGCCGCGCUGCCCCCGAACACAGUAGGUUUUUUCCAGAGGAUAUUAUACCAGCCCUUGUGCCGCGAGGUCAGCUCCCUCGCCCCCACAGGUUGGGGGCCACAGGUUGGGGGCCGGGCUGGGUGUGGGAGGCCGGGUGGCGCGAUGUGCAUCGGCGUCGAGACAACGGCGACGGAGGCGUCGAGUCGAGACGGGCAGACACGAGCGGCUUCGCAUUAUAUCAAAGCGGCUCAGUGGGCCAAGUCGAAAGGUACCCCUCGGAGGGUGGUCGACUUUCGCGCGGCCCAUGGCAUGUGGGCGACGGAUUCGCAAGUACGGCAUCGAGAGGAUUUCAAUGCGAAGGUCGUGGAGGACGGUGAUAUGCUUCCUAAGGAUGCCACCUGUUGUGCGUUUCCGUUCGACAACUGUGACAUGAAACCCGCGGUUGGAGCUAGCCAGGGGGAGCCUCAUCUGUCGACGAUCGCAGCUUCGGCCGUCCCGGUGGGGGGAUCGGUGGGUAAACUCGAAGACGCCUCGAGGUUGAAGCGGAAUAGCCUCCUGACCGUGGACGACGUGAUGAAGGGGCCAAAUGCACAGGGGGGCGAACGGCGGUUCGAGGCCUUCCAGUCCCGGCUCCGACGUGCCGUUUACGAGAGUGCGUCGUUAGGGAGUACAAAAACCUUCACCGACAACAAGGCGGCCAUCGACCGCAUCCUCCGUAUCUGGCGCGGUACGGACGCCGGCAAGGACGGCGCGCCGUGCAUAAUCGCCGGGGCCGAGGAGACGUAUCGCGUCCUGUACCACAUCCAGAAGCAGGAGCGCAUCGCAUAUCGUCAAUUUCGUCGCAAGUCAAGCGAGGGGAGCAACUACCGACGGGCACACCACCAAGGAGGGAGUACAAAAACCUUCACCGACAACAAGGCGGCCAUCGACCGCAUCCUCCGUAUCUGGCGCGGUACGGACGCCGGCAAGGACGGCGCGCCGUGCAUAAUCGCCGGGGCCGAGGAGACGUAUCGCGUCCUGUACCACAUCCAGAAGCAGGAGCGCAUCGCAUAUCGUCAAUUUCGUCGCAAGUCAAGCGAGGGGAGCAACUACCGACGGGCACACCACCACCUCGUCGUGAUGUGGGAGGCACUUAUGUCUUCAUAUCGGGAGAUGUGCCUUCCACCGGGGGAGGGCAUGCUGGCGGAGGAUGCCGACAGCAAAGUGGUUGCGUGGAUCAAGAAGCGAGCGGCAGAACACAAGACUUUCGCCCUGUGGAAGCAGUUCCUCUUGCACGACUUCCCUGCCUACAUGACCUUCCGGACUGCCCUGCGCACGGGCGAUUUCAUGCUGCGGCUUGAUGCGCUUCGCCGUAUCGCUCCCAUUUUUUACAUCACCGGUAAGGACCGAUAUCAAUUCCUGGUGGUGGAUCACCUUGCCGAGAUGUCAAGGAUGUCGGAGUCGGAUCUGAGAGUGAUGGCCGAGUUAUUUUCAGUCUCGCUCAGCAAGGAUGCGUGCGCCCGGCUUGGUUUGGGUGAGAGGCAGGAGGUUGCUAAUCGUCUGUACAAGACCUUGACGAAGAGGAUACUUCCAAGUUUCGUCCACAAGCUGGCCCCGACUGCUCAGCUUCGCGAGAUCGCUGAAUUCGAAUUUGGGCGGGAAUUCCUCGAAGGGCCACGUACGGAACGGGACAGAUGCCGGGAGCUGGCUUUACUGCGUGCGCCUGCGGUCAAGAAAGCAGUCCAAUGCUUGCAAGACAGCCCUUUAUUUCAGGGCGACUUAGGCAAGGCGAAGGUCGUGGCCUUGGACUGGAGGGUGUUUCCAGAGGCAACGUGGCAAGAGAUUCUAGGUGUCCCGGCAACGGCGUUAGAGAAGAUGCGGGACUUCGUGCUGUACUUCAUACUCUCGAUCCCGGCUUUGAGCACAGAGAACAAGUCGACGAGGAGCAAAGGGAGGUCGUCGAAGCUGAAGGAUACAGUUGGCAACGCAUACGCGGGGGGGCAAGAGAUGAAGGCGAUGGUGCUGAACGUGUUUGACGCUGUCGUAGGGAGGGGGUCGUUGACCGAGGAGCAAGUGGUGGACAUGGCGACGAAGAUUGGAGCAUCGACGCCGUUUUGCAUGGCAAAUGCUACCGGAGGGGCUAAGCAUGCCAACAAAUCCGCAGACCCGACGAAAUGGCUCCAAGAUCACAGCUCCGACGCCGUCGCCGACGAGCCGUUCUACACCGCGUGUGCCCACGGCGUGGACCUGCCCGUGUCAAUACAUCAAGGGGUGAGGCAACGGGACUUGGAGGGUGGGGCACAUGGGGUGAUCAACUACUUCGUAAGCGAGUUGGACUCGAGGUGGCGUAUGGAAGCGGAUCUGCUCCUGGUGUGCUACGACCGUGCGCAACUUGUCCCGGCCAUAAAAGGGCGCGAGCAGUCGGGAAGGACAGACAAGAUUGGGGGGUGCACUCUCUCUUUCGACCCGACAUCGACAGACCCAAUCCCCCCGUUGCAGUACCAAUCAUGUCUUCGUGACAACCAGAAGGCAGUUCGAGAUGGUAUCGCCGCGCACCUCGCCAUCGACAUACUAGACGACAAGAGGUGGACCGGAGACUGCACGCCCAAGGGAAUUGUGGCGUUUUACGGUGUCGGGGGCGAGGCUGGGUUGAAAACACCUCAUGCCGCUGACCCCGCGGUCAGCUCCGGGGGGGGCGUACCGGGAGGACCGUCCACAUCACCAGGAGUCGAAGGUCCAUGGGGGGCGACGGGAGCUGACUGGUUCUGAGGGUACGAGAGCCGUUUUGAGGUUCCUCUGUGCGAAUUAGCUUAUGGUGGAGAAGGAGGAGACCUCGGAGAAUAGGUUGUGGGGAGGGUGUGCUUGAGUGGGGGUUGGUGGUAAACGCACGAGCUGGAUAGAUAGGUGGCACCACCACCGUCAGCCCUCCUUGCUGCAAUCCUUGCCUUUAUCUCAUUCGUGAUAGUUUGGCUCUGGGGUCCUGUGGUGUAGAAACCUGUGUGUGUGUAUGUGAAGUGUGCUUGUCUUCUUGUGGUCACGAACCUGCCAUGUUGUUUGGAGGCAAGGACUGCUGUCUACCUCGACCAUCUUUCCCAGCGGGUGUGACGUUCUGGAGUCAGUUUUGUAUGUUUGUCUUGUUUUUUUUGUCACUUUUGGAGCCGUUGACUGUUGUAGUGAUUUGACUGUAUUUACCAUUGGGCCGACGUUAGAAGCAGUCUUGAUUGGUGAAAGUGUGGACCACUGGUCGACCCAAUUCAAAUCAAAGCGUUGGACAAAAUUUGGCCUUCCUUCUACGGUAACGUCGUACGUGUACUUCGGCGGCGGUGAAGUUGUCGUUCCACCGUAUUAUCCUGUUCACUCCUGUUCACACGUACGUUAAGCUCUCCGUGGACAGCCGGGGACGUCGCCCUACCACACACUUUCUACGCGACGAUGGUGUGCGCCCUGCAGGCGAUGUAUGCCCACAAACUUCCGGACAGAUUCACUUCGAUAUUUUCAAAAGGCAUAGAAGUAUCAUCGGCCAGGUUUCGCUUUCCCCCGGGGACACAAAGCACUUUUUCGAGCGUGUUUUUUGUCGCUUAUUCAAGCCCAUACUCCAGCCAGAACGGGGCCGACAAAAUAUAAGAUCGCGAACGAGAGGCGAGAGAGGUUCGGGCUCUCGUAUUGGCACCGCCAGUUUUUUUUUUUUGUUUCGUAAUAUGACACAACGUGUCCAUCUCUAUCAUAGAAAAGAGUCAUAGACAGAUUAACAAUGGAAUCAUAGCGUCAGAGAAAACUACCUGUAUGUCUACGAUUUCCCAGACAGCAUAUUAUAGGGACAUCUCCCCUGCGGGUAACAGGCUCAACAAAUCAGUUUGGUAGCUGUCUUGUGUGUCUCAUAUAUGUUAUGUUGGGAAGGUGCAGACGAGAGAUGUUGGGUACUGUUGGUUAGUCGGGCGUUUUGUGUGUGGCACCCUGUUAGUUGUAGGGCAUGCAGUCUCCAUCAGUUUACAUACGCAUUUUCAGUUUGGUAUGCAUAUGUGCGGAGUAUGUGCGGCUGAUUCCAUCUCUAUCAUAGAAAAGAGUCAGAGACAGAUUAACAAUGGAAUUAUAGCGUCAGAGAAAACUACCUGUAUGUCUACGAUUUCCUAGACAGCCUAUAGGGACAACUCCCCUGCGGGUGACAGGCUCAGAAAAUCAGAUUGGUAGUUGUCUAUGUGUCUCAUAUAUGUUAUGUUGUGUAAUUUCAUGUCGUUAAAUGUGCGAAGGGCACGGGAGAACAUCUUCUCAUCAUUGAUUACCUCCUGAUGACGUGGUCGCCGAUAGAGGCGUGUGGUUGAUGGGGUUUCAUCACCGACAUGUGGGUGUGUGUUAAAUGCAAUAUGUAUGUUCACCUCUCUCGUCCAUGUGUAGGCAGGAGGUAGACGUGGAAGGACGGCGACAGGUGAACGGCAGCAGUAGUAUGUUGUGCAUGGUGGCAUGUUGGGCUUGUACAGAGACGCAGUCCAUCUUCGACCACACACAGAGGGGUUUGUUCGUACCUGUAGGGAUUUUUCGAAGUCCUGGGUCAGCCAAGAGCAGCAGCAAGGAGCAGACGCAGUGCAGUAUACUCUAAAGCUUUACAGUCAGUCCUCCUCAAGUCCUAUCGGAGAUGAUUAGUCUAAGUAUCGCACAACGGCUGGAUCCGAAAUGCCGGCUAGCUCCACAAUCCAAGAGAGGUGGGUGGCUGAGCUAAAAUAAACAGAAUGACUGCAUGCGUGCUCCUCUCAGCAGAUGUCGCUGGCUGGCUCUUUGAAGUGCAGAUUUCUGGCUCAUCGGAAUUUGAUUCCCAGUUUUUCCGUUGUCACCUGGGUGUAUGGGAAUUUUUAUGAAAGGUGUACAGAAAUUGAUUAUCCUAAUUGCAAGGGACACGUUUCAUUUUCAGUGUUCCCCCUUGCAUUUUCGACGGUCAAAUAUNUUACCAAAAAGUCCUUCGUAUCUAUUCGAUUCCAAAUACCCAACUCUACUUUCUUCCAGAAUGAAUUCCGCACCAUAGGUGCAUUUACACCCACGAUGUUUGCAGUCAUUCGUGAGGUCAUUCAAGGCUUCAGCAUAUAUAUUCUGUUCUAAAACCAGCUUGUAAGUUUAGCACAGCUGCAGCGUUGUCAUCCUGAAAACAUCCGGAAUCUGUAGUAAUCAAACAUUUGGAACCAUCCUUGGCAACAAUCGUGUACUUACUCCAUUGGGGGUCUUUGCAAAUACAUCUAUAUUUACCAUGAUUUACAUCUCUCGCUAAGUUGGUGGUAUUGAACAUCAUACUAUCUAGGGUGUCACCAUACUUCAACAAGGGAUAAUACGUUGUACAGCGUCACGGAAUGCACGGUGUUGGGGGGGAAUGUACGCUAGAAUAUUUACCCGCAUGAACAUCCCACGGAGCCCCAAGGAGUCUGCA